UUAACAUUUCAUUUUGAACUUUUUCCAAAUGUAGGUAAAAUCGGACUAUUAAAAAUUACGAUAGUAACGUGAACCAAUGUUACUUUUGAGAGAAAUAAGUUGAUCCACACGAUAGGCACUGAAUGUACAAUUCGCCUUUAAAAUCUUCGGGAAAUUUUAUUUUUGCCGUGAAUAAUUCAUCAAAUUCUCAAUUUAUAGAAAGGAAUUUAAAUCAAUUCAUCUACUACAAUUUGCGUACUUACUAAUUUUCUUUUACUAGGGAGUACAGCUUCUUUGUUAAAUGUGUGCAAGCUACAUACAUUUUCAGCAGUGAUAUCUUCAUUAAUUUUGGCGUACAUAUAGGAUAGAUAUAUGGAAUACAGUCGAUCGUCACACGUUCUAUUACCUUCACUGCACUAAUGUCGUUAAAUUUUUUUAGUUAAACAGCUUUAAUAGCUUGUAUCAUAUUAUCUACGAAAUAAUUAUUUCUAAAAUAUUUCUACUCUUUAUCUAACUUUGUUCGUACCAUUUAAAGCAAAGAUUGACAUCCAUUUGAUUAUUUAUUGUAUAAACUAUAUAGACGGUCAUAUGGCAAUAAAGUAUUUGUUUCUUAUUAUGUCAUAAUCAAAAGCAUAAACACUUCACAUCUUCAUUGAUUUACUAGAUCUCGAUUAUCGUAGUAUAACUUCCAGUUUUUGUUCUGUUCCAAAAUCACAAUGUAAACCAACGUGAAUUUUACUUCAAUAAGAACGUGAAGACACUUCCUACUGCGGCUGGAACGUAAAAUUUACAUUCAAUAAAAGAACGAUAACUAUCAGCAACGGUUGCUAGAAGAGAGCGUUCUAGUCGUCAUAACGCGUGAUGUACAAAAUUCAUAUCGAUCGACAUUAUCAAAACUGUCAGAACUGUACUGUACUGUAACUGUAAUUGGGACCUAUUCUUUGUCUUCCAACGAAUCGUCCAACAAGCGACAAUUUUAGAAAGAGAUGAUUGAUAGUUUAUGAUGCGAAUCCUAACUGAAAUCGGCAGUCCCUUAAAAGAACGAUUAUGCCAUUUUCUUAUAGUAUUUCAGAAAACCGGGGAACAGUAUCCUAAUAUAUAUGACAUUCCUUAUUAUAACACGAUCAAGAUGUAUUUGAGAUUUUUGGGCCUAGAUCCACACCAAAAAUAUGGAUUGAUCAUUGUAAUUAUAAUGGUGACUAGUAUGACAAGUGUACUUAUUCCAAUGUUUAGAAAAUUGUUCGAUUAUAUAACGAAGGAAUGGCAGCAGCUGGAAUUAAGUCAAGAUUUGUACAUUCUGGAAGAAGUUACCAUACGAGGCAGCAAAAUAGCGAAAUUGUAUCGAAAUACUUUACUGAUAUGUAUGGUACUUUUUAUACUCAUUCCACUGACUUCUCCUAUGUUGGAUAUUGUUCUUCCACUAAACGAAACUCGACCACGACAACAACUAGUUAAUGUUAAUUACGUGCUUUUUGACAGCAAUAACCAUUUUUUCUGUGUGUACUUACAGUUAUCUUGGACGGCAAUAGUAGUUUCAAUAAGCAUAGUUACCGUAGAUUCUUUAUUGAUGCUUAUAGUUCACCACAAUAGUGGACUAUUUAUAGUAUGUGGGUAAAUAUGAUUUACUCAAUACAAUUACAUUACAUAUAAUUAUGUAUAUUCACUACCGCUUAAACAUAUUUGCACAUUUUUAAUACGUUGCAACAUAAUUAUAAAAUUACAGAUGUUCAAGUUUUUCAGAUGUUUAUUACAGUGGGUCACGAAGGUACUUGAGCAUCCAAAUACUAAUCUUUUACUUUUGUUUGUAGUAAAUGUUUUAUAGCUUUUAUAUCCAUUUAUAUACGUUUAUACACAUUUAUAUAAAAUUUUAGAUUGGUUUGAAACUUUACUAAUACAAUAAUGACAGAUGUGUCGCAUUAGAGUUAAUAAAAUUUCAAAACGUUUUAUAAAACAUAUGUAACAGAUGUAUACAUGAAACAACAUAUAUACUUUUGUCAGCCACUGUAUAUAUCAAUAGACAUUACGAUA